UCAACGGAGCUGAGGGCUGGAUUGUUUUUGCUGGUGGUUCGCCACCUCUUCUUUUUGUUUUAGUCAAAGAAGAUACAUAGGACAACAACAGCGCUUUCGCAUCUUUCAAACGUUCAGGGGGGAAAGGAGGAAAUGCAGAAAUAGCAUACAAGCAGAAAAUAUAUUUUGUUCAUUCGUUUGGGAACUGUCUACUCUUGUCGGAAUUUUCUCAACUGAAAUAGCAUCGCUUGUCUAAGCAAAGCACAUGUCUCUGGGUUUGUCUCGAAAAGUUGGAUAUCAAAAACAGAGCCCAGAAGAGACUGACUCGUGUCAGCUGUUACCGCAGGCGACGAGUGGAGAGGGCGUGCGUUGUUCGGAGUCUUGGGUAAACUUCACCUGCGUCUGGAGACGGCUGGCUUUGGGAUCAUCGUCGGAUUUGAAGACCAGUUGCCGUGACAUUUGAAUAGGAAAUUAAAUCCCCUUGGCCUUCACUUUAAGGCCCAUGUCCAGAAGUCUACAUAAAUUGCUAUCAGGAUGAUUACGAAAUAACUGAAAGCAGUUUAUUUCUCAUGUAUGUGGAUGUUUUAAGUUUAGUUAUUUGGUCAGAGUUUGCGUUUUAGCAAUGGCGAAGUGGCUGAAAGACUAUUUAAGUUUUGGCAGCAAGCGUAUGCCACCUCAACCACCUACACCUGACUACACGGAGAGCGAGAUAUUGAAGGCAUAUCGGCUUCAGAAAAGUCUGGAUUUCGAGGAUCCUUAUGAAGACUCUGAGAGCCGUUCAAGAAAUGACUCCGUAACGACUGACACGUCCCUGUCCGCUUUCGGAUCUCCAAUGAAGUCCAGCACCAGCCUGGAUGGGAAAGUUGUCUCACCUAAACAUCGGCUCAUAAAAGUCGACUCUCAAGAUCUGGGGAAAACUAAGAUCCUCCUCAGCUCGGUUUCCCCCGAAGAAUCUUUGGAACCAGUGGUGCCGUCUGCUCCGGCAAUGGGAGACACCGAUUAUUCAGAUCCGUUCGACGCCCGGCUGGACCUGCGCUCGGAGCCCGAUCACGGCCCCGCUCCCCAAGAGAACAAUAGCUACAUGGAGCCCUACGAGGCUCAAAGGGUCAUCACAGAGCUGCAGCGCGGCACUACUGUGGGCUGGGGCAGAGGGGGAGUCCAGCUGUACGACACCCCGUAUGAGGACCACACCCUGGGGCAGGUGGAGGAGGAGAGGGAGAGCCGCCUGCCGCAGGACGACGAGAGGCCGGCGGACGAGUACGACCAGCCGUGGGAGUGGAAGAAGGAACACAUCUCCAAGGCUUUUGCUGUUCAGUUUGAAGGUGCCGAAUGGGAUCGCUCUUCCUCCCCCACCGAUCGACUCCGACACCCCCGAUCCUCGCCUCUCGCUGGGGGCAGCAUGAAGUUUCGCAAGCCCUCAGACUCCCUCACCUUGAUGGGCGAGCGGGUGGACCCCACUCUACCGCUGGAAAAACAAGUGUGGUACCAUGGGGCCCUCUCUCGAGCGGAGGCUGAGUCUCUGCUGACGCUGUGUAAGGAGUGCAGCUACCUGGUCAGAAACAGCCAGACCAGCCAUUCCGACUUCUCCCUCUCUCUCAGGAGCUGCCAGGGUUUCAUGCACAUAAAGUUUUCUCAGUCCAAAGACGGGAAGUACGUCCUGGGCCAGAACAGCCCUCCCUUUGGCACCAUCCCUGAGGUCAUUCACUUCUACACAACCCGCAAGCUGCCAAUCAGAGGGGCCGAACACCUCUCCCUGCUUUUCCCCGUGCUGGUCCAGACUCUCUGAACAUCCGCGGCCCCCGUUGUCACGGGUAACCAGCAGCCACAAUGCCUUGACUGACAGUGCGACAGGGAGCUUUUCUUUCCCUCGGAGCGGCCAUGGGUGUUCCGCUAUUCAGUGGAUUUGUUUGGUAUUGUGCGGGCACAGGGAGGUGCAGUAAUGCAUCUGCUAAUCCACCACACCCCCCCUCCUCCACUCCACCCCUCCGCCUGGCAGGACCAUUCUUCUCAGGCCUGCAAAUGGACACGUUUGAGGGGAUAACACGCACUCAGUUCGCGGAGGGCUUUAACCUAAUUAAAGGCCUCUCAGUCCUUGCGACUCAAGUCGUCUUCAGAAUGGAACCAUUUGUGAUGUUUGACGCGCUCUGACUAAUGAACACGCAAGGACGUGGUUCUGAUUGGUCACACAGAUCAGAUACACUCUCUCUCUCACACACACACUCGCAUACACACAUACACUUCAGACUGACAGUGUUUUAUUGUCCCACUCCUACGGCGCCUUUUAGGUCCUUUUGAUUUCCAAGUCGGCUGUGUUCGUAACUGUCAUUUUGAUUUCUAGUUGUUGUCCUGAUUGGCCAAAGAAGCCACUGAUGGGAAGUGCUUAUCUGCAGUUCAGACACUGGCGGGCCCCUCCCAAUUUUGACAGUACAUGUGCAUUUUGCGCACACACAAACACAUAUAUACACACGCGAAAGGAGUCGAGGCAUUCUAUCUUUCCAGCCUCUGAAUCAAAUGAUCCAGGCCAGAGGCUAUUUUAGACUGGGUGUUUGGGUGUUUUGGUAAGAUGUGGGAGUGCAGAUUUCCUGCUGUGCCAUCUGCAGUACACCUCCGCUGCACAGCCCGCCAGAAACAACUGCUUACGAUGGGCUGCCAGCGCCAUUAAACCCACUUAGACUCUCACACCUGUCGCCCCAUGCCCAGACUGCCAGUCUCCCCACGGCUGCCAUCCCGGGUUGGUGGGCGUCAUCGUGAAGCGGUUAAUGAUUCACUAGCAUUCCCAUCAUGGCCACAACCUCCAGUCGCAACAUGGACAGCGUCUUUAUUUAUUUAACACAAGUUUCUCUGUGCAGUAGCAUAAUCACAGUAGGUUUCUGGUCGGCUGUUGUAAUCUGGAGAAAUAUCCUUAUUUAGCAACUGUGUUUUAUUUUUUAUGUGGGUAUGAAAUAAACUUUCUAAAUGCC